AUGUAGACAAGUCGAAUUGAAUUUCAUGAUAUUGUUCGUAACUAUUCUAAAUAAUGUCGCGGCGUCAGCAAGAAAUUCAGCGCAUUGAGCGCGAAGUCAGGGCCAAGCUACCCUAUCGCACCUUUCGCGAGAUCACCUUCGAUAGAGAGCUAAUUAAGAAGAGCAUUGUGCCGUUAAGUUUUAUAGAGGCGCGUAGAAAUCGGGGUCCGGUCUAUGAGGCGCUGCAGGCAGAGUUGCGCCACGAAGGCUGCAAGAUGAUGCCGGAGUUCGUGCGCUGCUUGGCCGAGAAGGAGCAGGCGUUGUUCGAAACCCUCAGCAUUCGCGCCAGGAUCAUUGACGAGCGCCCACUGCUCAUAGAGAUGAUUGAGAAGAUGAAGCAGGCCGAGCUUGCCGUGAUCAAGCGCAAGCACAAGGGACUCAAGGAGUGCUUCAGCCUCUUCUAUGAGACACUAUUGUUUCUGCAGCCAUACCGCGUAAAGUACGAAUACGUAUUGAACGCUGUGAUGGAGCACAUCGUGUCGCUGUGCCACAACAUCGAGGGCCAGGAGCGUGAUGCAGCCGAGAUGAUUGCUCGCAUCUAUUAUACAUAUGCCAUGUUCCUGGAAGGCACUGGCCAGAGAGCCAAUUCGAUUACCUAUCUCACCUCCACGCUCAAGCUGGUCCGAGGGCAUAUGUGGCUAGCGGAGCCAGACAAGGGCUCGGCCAGCCCCAUACUCCAUUGUCUGGUUGCCCAGCAGCUGGCUCGUCAAAUGCUUAUCCAUGGCCGCCAGACUGCCCGCCAGCAGCCCGAGGAGGCCGUUGACAUGGCCCGCAGGGCUACCGUGAUUAUAGCAGAGAUCGGGCGGCAAAAGAACUUGGACAUAUUUUGUGACACUUUCUUGGAGCGGGCCUUCUUUCUGAUGGAAGGCAACAAAUAUCACGCCGCCCAGCAGUGCCUCGAGCAGAUCAGGCCUGAAUUAACGGCGUGCACCGAAUACAGAUUUGUCAAGCUGAACAUUAAGUUCUAUCUGUAUCUGGGACAAUGCGCCGAGAACUUCGAUGACAUAGACAAGGCUAUAUCCAGCUUUAAGCGAGCUCUGCGACUCUCGCGCUUGUACGAGCACAAGGACCAUGAGGCCGAGAUCCUUCUCAACCUGGGCAAGCUCUUUGCCAGGGACACCUCAAAGACGGGCAUCGCCAAAAAGUGCUACAACCAAGCAAAGAAAAUUUACAUUGACUUCAACGACACCCACAGGAAGAAGAUGGCCGUCUUUCUAAUGGGCAAAUUGCUGGCCGAUGAAAUCACGCCGCUCUACAUGGCCAUGCUGAAGGCGUCCGGCUCUAGGUAUUGCGCGUUCUACAAUCUGCGCCAGUGGAAGAAUCGCUGUCGUCCGUUCUGGAUGACGCUGGGCAAUGAAAUCAUCAAACAAGAAUCCAACGCCAUCUACUGCCUGCUCGAGGAAGAGAACGAGGAUCCCAGAAACGAGCCCAACUUCAUUGACUUGGAGAACGAAACAUUCAAAGUCGAGGAAGGCGACAUAUUAUGAUUCGGCAUAGAGUAUCCAUUAAUUAUUCGAGAAAAUUGUUAUUGUUUGUUAAGUCCAUCCGCGGGGCAGCAUAAGACUAACAAAACCUUGCGCCCAGGACUACACUCAAAUCCCGCUCUAUGAAAUAGCAAUUCCUUCGCAGUGCAGUUUCAGUGUAGUCCUUAGCGCAGCUUGGAGCUAGGCUUUGUGUGUCCAAUAAAAACUUUCGAUAAAUUCGCUCAGCCAAA